AUGCUGGCAAUAACACAAAAAAGAUGCGUGCCCACUCUACAACUACGGGCAUCAUAUAUACCCACACCGCAACCCUGCCGCUCGAUAUCCAAUUCUCCCUAUGGCCGCACGCACGUCUGGAAGCGACGACCCCCAGUCCUACCGAACCCCGUCGUUCCUAAAUUUCCGCAGAAAGUCAUCCGCUCAGACGGGACUUCCUUUACCCACUGGACGACGUCGCCGAAAUCGCUAGCGCGUUUGACGCGAGAUACCACCAACAACCCGCUUUGGAACACGGGGAACCCCAACGACCGCUCGCUCGAAGACGAGAGCAAUGCUGCUGGCCGUAUGGGCAGGUUUAGUAGGAGGUUCGAGGUUCUUGGCUCGGAUUUGAGUGAUUCGGAUUGGAUGGAGGAGAUGUCGACUGUUAUGAAGCGUGAGGUUCUUGUUGAGAAGGAGAAACCUAAGCCAAAGUCGAAGAAGUAA